AUGGAGAUAUGGUCGCUCCUGACGCUGUGCGCGGCGGGCGGGAACGCCGCGGGCGAGCGCACGGCGCUCGGGCGAGCGCUGUCGGGACCGGUGUGCGCGAUGGUGCUCGGCGCGAUCCUCUCGAACGCUCACGUCCUCCCGCCGCCGGGCGCGCACUACGCCGCCGUCCAAUCGCUCGUCGUCGCGCUCGCGACGCCGCUGCUGCUCCUCGGCGCGGACCUCCGAGUAGUCUUCGAGGACACGAAGCGGCUGACGCGCGCGUUCGCGGUCGGAAGCGCCGCGACAGCCGUCGGCGCCGUCGUCGGCUUCGCCGCCGCGCACAGCUGGCUGUCCUCCUCCGGCGUCGCCGGCGCGUUGGGACCCGACGACGGAUACAAAGUCGCCGCCGCGCUCGCGGCGAAGAGCAUCGGCGGCGGGUUAAACUACGUCGCGGUCGCGAGCGCGCUGGGGGUGUCCGCGAGCGCGAUGAGCGCGGGGAUCGUCGCGGAUAACGUCUUCGCGCUCGUCUAUUUCCCAGUCGUCGCCGCUCUCGCGGGGGACGGGGAAAGGGACGGUUUUGAAAGGGAAGAUGAAACGUCGAUCGUCGCGCCGCCUCCGCCGCCCGCCGUGGACGUCGGUCAGAUGCUCGCCGCGCUCGCGCUCGCGUGCGUCGUGUCGACCGCGUCUUCGCGCGUCGCGCCGCCGUCGUUGGGGGCGCUGCCGACGGCGACGGCGUUCACCGUGCUCUUCGCCACGCUCGCGCCGCGACGCGUCGCCGCCUACCUCGCCCCCGCCGGAGAUUUGGUAGGGAACGCGGCGCUCUACGUGUUCUUCGCCUCCGCGGGCGCCGCCGGCGGGAGCGUCUCGCAGAUUUUUUCCACCCCCGCGUUGUUUCUGUACCUCGGCGUUCUGUACGCGUGCCACCUCGCGAUCGUGUGGUUCGCGGGGCACAAGGGUUUGGGCAUCGCGAAAGCGGAGGCGCUGAUCGGGUCGAACGCGUGCGUGGGCGGGCCCGCGACCGCGGCGGCGCUCGCGCGAUCGAAAGGGUGGCGAGCGCUCGUCGCGCCGGGGAUUUUGGUCGGGAAUCUCGGCAACGCGGUCGGGACGUUCGCGGGGCUCGCGCUCGCCGCCGGGUUUAGGGUCUGGACGCGCGGCGGCGGAUGA